GUGCCUCCUGCCCGAGGUGAACUUUGACACCUGCAGGACAGCUGCAGGCUUAUUGGCGCUGAAGGUUUCAUCACAGAUCAAAAGGCAACGUGACGCUGCUUUAAAUCAUCUCCUGCGUUCAGCGGCAGCGCAGAGGGCGCUGCUUUAACAUGACUCGGUGCACAGCUCUGAAACGUGCUUAGGAGGGACAGAUUUCUUUUUUAUGUGGAACAUUUUUAAGGUUCACCAUAGAGACCAAACAACACGUUUACAAGAAUGAGGCCACCGACGGAAAUCAGCGUUUUUCUCCUUUCUCUUCUGGCACCUGGAGUUUUAUACACAAUGAACAACAUCCCAGCGCUUCAGGAACCUCUGGUUAUCUUGGGGAUGGGAGCGGUCAUCCUGGGGUCUGUGCUUCUCCUCCUCUUCCUCACUGUGCGGCACAAGGCCAAAGUGGACCCUUUGUUCUAUGUGUUCGCAGAGUUUUCCUUCACCUGCCUGGUGGGUCUGACCAAUGCUUUAGAGCAGGAUGGGUUCAUCUCUGGCUUCAUGGGCUUCUACAUAAAAAUGGGUGAGCCUCAUCUAACCACUGCCUAUGCAUUGAUGAUGUCUUACUGGGAGGGCAUCGUUCACUUCAUCCUCUUCCUCGUUAUCAUCCACCGCAUGUUCUCUGGGAAGUCGUAUCGUAGCCUGGGCCUGCUGUGGGCAGGCUCCUCCAUCGCUCAUCAGAUCGUUCACAUCCCAGGAGUGGUCAUUGGCAAGUAUGGGUCCAACAUUCGACCAGCGUUUUGGAGGAAUAUCCCCUUCUUUUUGGCACCUUUCUGGGCAGCCUCGCUGCUCUUUAGCAGACCCAGAGAGAUGCAAGUCAUCACAGCAGAUAAGAUCGCUGCAGAGCAGAAGAAAAGUCUGCUGUUUCGACCCAUUGACCUGCUUCUCUCACUGCUGUUACUGGGAUCCAUGGCCUUCUCCGUGUUUAGAGGCUUUGUAGUGCUGGACUGUUCUCUGGACACCUGUUUCACCUACAUCUAUCAGUAUGAGCCGUACCUCAAAGACCCCGUUGGCUUUCCCAGGGUUAUGAUGCUCGUGUACUUAUUCUAUGCACUGCCAUUGCUAACGGUCUUCAUCUACGGUCUGAAAACACCUGGAUGUAGCUGGAUGUUGGACUGGACCAUCUUCGUUGCCGGCGCCAUGGCUCAGACCCAGUGGUGCCAUAUCGGAGCAUCUCUGCAUUCCCGCACUCCCUUCACGUACCGAGUCCCAGCAGACAAACGGUUGCCUGUUAUCGCUCUCAAUGCGCUGCUCGCUGCUGCACCGGCGCUGCUGGCCCUGCGCUGCCACACAAACCCUGCUUAUUUUAUGAAACCUGUUCCUGCGGGACAAUCCAACAGCAAGAAAAAGGAAAACUAGACCACACGCAAGCCACGGACUGGUGAGGAAUGCUUACUGGGGCACGAACUGAAUUAAAUGCACACAUUUUUCAUCCCUAAAACCCAGAGGAAAUCUAAAAACAUUGCUCUCUCUGACUCAACUGUUAAAAAACAAAAAUCAGUCACCUCACCCAGCACUUCCUGUAUGGACUUCUGGACCCUGAUAAGGAGGCUGUUGAUGAAGGUGAGGACCGUGAUCAGAUCGCACAGCGUUCAGGUGACUCAUGCAGACACCCAGUUUGUAUCGUCACAAAACUUCAACUAACCUGAACCAUGCAGGUCAGCAGCAGCACCGGAGAAUGAUUCAGUCCCUUUUUCUUUUUUUUUUUCUAUACAGAAAUCUAAACCAAAGCUACAAAAUUUGAAGAUUCAUUUUUUUGAUCUUGAAUAUUGCAACUUUCACCCUUCUGUGAUUUUUAGCACCCCCCACGCUAACUGUGAGUAUAUUAAAUGUUGAAUAUCAGCUGAAUCCUCUGUAGGCUGAAUAACUUAAGAGUUGCUGAUAAGAGAGAUGACUCACUCGAGCUGACAGCUUGGAGAAGAAAAAACCACCUGGUGAUCGACGUUGUGGUCUAGCCUUCAUGUGACUGGAGCGUAUAAAGAAAUCAGACAGAUACUAAUCGCUAUUCCAGUCCACUCCAAGUCCAGACUGUCAUUUUCAAGUUAAAUAUUCAGUUUACAGUCAUGUGAAACGGGGAAAGGAAGCACAUGGAAUUUGUUUUUGCUUAAUAAACGACUUAAAUGAU